AGCGAUCCUCACUCGAAUUUUCUCCAACGGGACGUUGAGUUCGGAAUGGAGAUACGAAGAGGCGGGUCGAUGAACAUCGAGAAUCCUCUGCUACCCGCCUUGACCGCCGAGCUCUCGUCGUACUCUUCGCUAUCAAGUCUAAUUAUGCUCUACAUAUUGCGGCUUCUCCAAAAGCUCUUCCAAAUGUUCUUCACGCCCGAUACAGGCCUUGACGAGGAUGAAGAGAGUCGACUCUCGGAUGCACAAGGCGUGAUCAGUAGGCUGCGAGCCGAAAAAGAGCGGGCAAUAGAGGCGGUGAGGGACGGCCGGAAAAGAAUUGCUGAACUGGAGGAAGCGAUUCGCGGACGCAACAUGAAAGCAGAAGAAGAGUUGUCGGCUGCUUGGCUCAGGGAGAAGGAGGAGAACGAGAUGGCAGAAAGGUAUCGGAAGGAGAGGGAAGAUGCAACGGCUGAAGCGGCUUCACUCAAGAGUCACAUCGAAGAGUUCAGACGGCGGGAAGAAGAGCACCGACGCGAUGCGGGAGCUCUGCAGCAGCAAAUCGAGCAACAGUCUGAACUGUUGCAGAUUCGCGGGGCGGAGUUGCGAGACGCCAUCGCGUACCUAGCCAAGGACGACUCAGUAUCUUGUACGGGCAUCAUCGGCAUGCUUGAUUACUUGAACUCGGAGAUCUUCCAGGUUUGCGCCCAAAUCGAAGACAUAUGGAAGAUCGCACAAGGUGACAGCGUAGACCUUUCUGGAGCUGUAGAUGACUUGCAGAACUGCCUAGGCCCCACGGCGGUGGAUGUCCUCGGCGCGAUUCGGGCUCACCAUUGCGAUGAGCACGGUGCACAGAUGGUCCUGCAGGCUUCUCUACUGCAAGCCGCAGGGGAGAUAAUUAUGGCGUGGGCUCCAAGCAUGAACGCUACAGAGAAUCAGUUCGUCCGGCAGUUGUAUGAGCGCAUCUACGUAUCAGAACCGCAGGCCGUUUCCGCAAAAUGGAGGGCGCUCACCAAGCGCUACGUUAAGGACUGUCAUACCACACUCGACCUCUCACAGUCCAUCACGAGCAGAAUUAUCCACAUUGUCGAAGAUAUUCUCGAACUUGCAGGACUUACAGUCGUCCCUCAACAUGUCCCGGAGAGUAGCGGCUUUGUAGAGAAGCUACACGCCAUCGUCUGCCACUGCAUCAAGCUUCGGGAGACCAUAGGAGAACAGGUUCUUUCCAGGGACUAUCGCCUCAUCCGGCCUACGUGCGAUGAGGCUUUCGACGUGGAGACGAUGGAAGAUUCCGACCCACCGAAUGACACCCAGCAAGAGCAACCUGGCGGCCGUGACCGUGUCCUCUUCCUGACCGGGCUGGGAUUGGAGAGCUACGAGAAGAAGAGAGAGGGAGACCUUGAGGUUGGUGCUAUUGAGCGCACAGUACAUCUCAAGUCUAAGGUAGUGACGCAUGCGACCUUACAAGACUUAACCACAGUGGUGGAGGGCCGGACGACACCGCGGUGAGUAGAUCUUCGUACAGGCCGUAUUCUUGGAAUAUCCUGAGCGUUGGCCCUUCGACAGUGCGGCUUAGCCAUGUAUGUGCUUUCAUGAAAUAGCAG